AUGGACUCGGUCGCAUUCGAUAUCAACGAUGCGCUCAAGCAUUAUAUGAGCGAUCCCGCCAGUAUUCCAACCCCAGAAGCCGAUGGCUCACUCUUCGACUACGAAAAUGAUCCCGAAGGCCUUACCGCCGCUGUCAUCAACCCGGUUCUCAACCCCAUCGUUGAUGCCGUUGCCGAGAACCCCGAGGCCAUCACCCGCAGUGCCCAUCUCGACUCACUGCAGUUCCUCCUAAAGUGCGCACCCGUCUCCCCUCAUCCUUCAGAUCCCUCUCUUUUGUUGUCCUCCUUUUCCUCUUCGUCUUCUACUUCCAGGUCCCGUAAAGAACGCCAUUCUGAGCUCCUCAACUCCUCUAGGUACACCGCCUUCCUCCCGCCACAGGUUCUUAGCAAGAUCUUCGACUUGAUCAUGUCAGGUCUGGCAGCCGAGGGUGAUGCGAUAAACCACGACCUCGAGUCUCCCGACGAACAGGAGACACUCGCCCACCACAAGCAGCUUCUCGAGAUCUACGGCUUCCUCUUGCAGUGGACCAUCGCCGCUGUCGAGACAAAGGCCGCCGAAAAGUCCUCAACAGCACCAGUCGCAAGAGGUCGCGGCAAGCCAAAGAAGAAUGCGCCAAGAGACAAGGACGGCGUAUGGGACUCGGCCACCCAACUGCAGUCUGCUCUUGACAUCAUGAGCAAAGUCCUCAAGCUUAAGCUAACCAAGAUCUUCCUCACAACCUCCGAAAGGGAUACCUUCAUCGGCCUGUUGACCCGACCCGUCUACAUGGUCCUCGAGAGCGAACAGCGCGUCAAGAGCACAUCCAUCCGCAUGCACGCAUUCAAGGUGCUCUGCAUCGCCGUCAAGCACCACGGCCACGCAUACGCCGCCCAGAUCUCCAUCGUCCAGAACCUCACAUACUUCGAGCACCUUUCCGAGCCCAUGGCUGAGUUCCUCCACAUCCUCGCCGAGACCUACGACUACCCACAGCUUGCCGAUGAAAUCCUCCGCGAACUCAGUAACAAGGAGUUCAACUCCAACGACACCAAGGGACCCAAGUCUGUCUCGCAGUUCAUCGUCAAGCUCUCUGAGCUAGCCCCCAGACUGGUCAUCAAGCAAAUGACCAUGCUUGCAAAACAAUUAGACAGCGAGGUAAUUUCCUCCCCAUUCGCACGCCAGUGGAGCGUUGCUAACCAAAUCUCAAAGUCUUACACGCUACGCUGCUCUCUAAUCGAGGUCUGCGGAAACAUGGUUGCCCACCUGGUCAAGCAGGACGAGCGCGGCGAGAACCACAAGUCUCAACUCAACGCCUUCUUCGACGUCUUGGAAGAGCGCUUCCUCGAUAUCAACCCCUAUUGCAGAUGUAGAGCCAUCCAAGUCUACGUCAAGCUAUGCGACCUCGAACAAAAGUUCCCCAAGCGACGACAACGCGCUGCCGAAAUGGCGUGCCGCAGCCUCGAAGACAAGAGCAGUCACGUCAGGAGGAACGCCAUUAAGCUUCUGGGUGCUCUUAUCAAGACACACCCCUUCACAGUUAUGCACGGCGCUCAGCUUUCCCGCAAGGAGUGGCAGGCGCGUCUUGACAAGGUUGACGAGGAGUUGAAUGCGCUCCAGCCGCCCGAAGGCGCACCAGGGCUCGGCGAAGGUGCCGACACCACUGUUGAUCAGCAACUGCUUGACGAUGCGACACAGAUUGAGCAGUCGCCCCAGAAGCCCGCGCCCAUGUCCGACGAGCAAAAGUUCGAGGCCGUCCGCAAGGCCCGCGAAGAGGCCGCCACAUCCGAGGCCAUCGAGAAGCUUACCCUUACCAAGCGUUACUACUCCGAGGCCUUGAAGUUCAUCGACGUCCUUCACGAAGCUACCGGCACUGUCUGCCAGCUUCUGGGCUCACGCAACAAGAGCGAGGUCAUCGAGGCCAUGGACUACUUUGAAGUUGGUGACGCCUACAACAUUGAGCAGAACAAGGUCGGCAUCCGACGCAUGUUGCGUCUCAUCUGGACCAAGGGCAACAGUGAUGAGGGCAAGGGUGUUCAGAGCCAUCUCAUUGAUGUCUACAAGCGUCUGUUCUUCGAGGCACCCGACUCCUUUACCUCAAAUGAUGCGGCCAACUUCAUCGCCCGCAACAUGAUCAGUCUGACAUUUGGCGCGACUCCCGCCGAGUUGACAUCGCUGGAGCAACUCCUCAGCACCAUGAUGAAGCAAGGCCUGGUUCCCGAAAUUGUUAUUGCCAAGCUCUGGCAGGUUUACGGCGUGCAAAAGCGCGAGAUUUCUAGGACGCAACGUCGCGGUGCCAUCAUUGUGCUUGGUAUGCUGGCGACUGCCAACCCCGAGAUUGUUGUUGGAGAGAUGGAAACUAUGCUGCGCACUGGUCUAGGGUCCCAUGGCCGCGCUGACCUCCAGCUGGCUAAGUACACUUGCAUUGCCCUUCGUCGAAUCAACCCUACUGGUCGUCAAGCAAAGGAGUCUACCGUAAAGUUCUCUAGACUGCCGAAUGACCACGCUGUCUUGUCAAAGCUGGCUUCCAUUACCGAGGUCCCAUCUGAGAGCAAGGAGUGGUAUGGUGUCGCUGAGCAGGCCAUCAACGCGAUAUACGCCAUCUCUAAGCACCCUGAUACUCUCUGCUCCGAUAUCAUUCGCCACAAGACAAAGCAAGUCUUUGCCGCUCCCCGGUCACGCUCAGCGUCGCAAGCAAGCUCCCAGCCUAGCUCCCGCCCAGUCUCACGAGACGAGGCCGACUCCGUUUCUGUCGACGAGGAUGGUAACGAGACAAUUGUUGCUCCGGCACCUCAGCCAAAGAAGCGAGACGCGGCUGUCGGCUUAUCCCAGCUUCUUUUCAUCGUUGGCCAUGUUGCCAUUAAGCAGAUUGUGCACCUUGAACUCUGCGAGCUCGAUUUCAAGCGCCGUAAGCAGGAGCAGGAGAAGGAGAAGACCGCAGACAAGUCCACGGCUCAGGCGGGCAAGAAGGACGAGCCCGAUGACCUGGACUUGAUUGGUGGCACGACUGAAGAUGAUUUUACCGAAGCCAUGGCGCACAUUCGUGAGCGGGAGCUUUUGUUUGGGCCCGAGUCUCUGUUGGCACAAUUUGGACCUCUAGUGUCUGAAAUCUGCGCCAACAACACCACGUAUGCCGACAAGGGACUGCAGGCCGCCGCAACUCUUUGCUUGGCCAAGCUCAUGUGCGUUAGCUCGGAAUACUGCGAGGCCAACCUCCCCCUCCUCAUCACCAUCAUGGAGCGCUCAGCCGACGCUACAGUUCGUUCCAACGCCGUCAUCGCUCUCGGCGACAUGGCUGUGUGCUUCAACCACCUCAUCGACGAGAACACCGACUUCCUGUACCGUCGUCUUGCGGACAAGGACCAGUCUGUUAAACGCACAUGCUUGAUGACGCUCACGUUCCUCAUUCUGGCCGGUCAAGUCAAGGUUAAGGGUCAGCUGGGCGAGAUGGCCAAGUGCCUUGAGGAUGAGGACCGUCGCAUCGCUGAUCUGGCGAGGAUGUUCUUCACCGAGCUCAGCACCAAGGAUAAUGCCGUCUACAACCACUUUGUCGACAUGUUUUCCCUGCUGUCUGCCGAGAAGGGCCUGGAGGAGGAGAGUUUCCGGAGAAUCAUCCGGUUCCUCCUGGGCUUUGUCGAGAAGGACAAGCACGCCAAGCAGCUGGCCGAGAAGCUCGCCGCCAGGCUUACGCGCUGCGAAACAGAGCGCCAAUGGAACGAUGUUGCCUUUGCUCUUGGGCUGUUGCAGCACAAGAACGAGGACAUUACCAAGACUGUCUCCGAGGGCUUCAGGGUUGUUCAGCUCCAGGCAUAA